AGCCCAUGUAGAAAAGCCCAGUUUCGUCCUCUGCGAUCGCGUCUUCUUCUUCCUCUUCGCAGCCGGUGAAACCCUAACCGCCAUUGCCAUUUUGAAGAAGAAACCAGAGACCAAAGACGAAUUGAGACACCCUCUAUUGAUUGGCGAUGAGCCCUCGAUGAUCACUGGACUGAUAACUAAUUUCCGGAUUCAUCUAAAUUAAUCGGGCAAUUUGAAUCUUCAGCAAAUUCUUUACUCCAACUUUAAAUUGAAAGAUCAGAAGCUGAAUCUGAUGGAUUCAAAACCCGUCAGCGAUUAUGGUGCUGCUCCAAGGAAGGUGAGAUUUGCACCUAAAGCUCCUCCAGUUCGAAGGCCAAAACCUGCUGUUGUCAAGACAGAAGUUAGAGAUGAGGACGACGACGAAGCGAAGGCCAAGGACUUGCUCCGGCACUUCAAUGAAGGUAUCUUGAAGGAGAAGCCCAAAUUUGAGAGAAAAGUGGCUCCAUCGCAAAUUGCAUUUGGUUAUGGAGGGACUUCAAGUUCGUUAAAAUCAUAUCAUGCUCAAAGGGAUCAAAAUAAUGUUAAUUCAUAUCAAGGUAGUUCCAGUGGUCCCGGCCUGAGAGGGGAGAAAGAAUACAGAGAACCAUGGGACUAUUACAGUUACUAUCCUGUAACUCUUCCUCUAAGGAGACCAUAUUCAGGAAAUCCAGAACUUCUUGAUGAAGAGGAGUUUGGGGAGGCCUCAAGUAGUGUGACUUAUGAUGAAACUAUACUAAACUCAGCCACGGAACUUGGCCUAAUGGACAGUCAGGAUGACGGAAGUUUGGAACCUAGUAUGUUCUUUAUUCAGUUACCUCCAACAAUCCCGAUGGCAAAGCGUUUGACGGCUGCAGAAGGGAACGAGACAACCGAAAGCUCAACAUCCUCCGAGGUUUUGGGUUGCUCGGAGAAAAGCUGCAGUUUGGAUGAGUUGUCAGCAGGGUUGAUGGGUAAAAUGCUAGUGUAUAGAAGUGGUGCUGUCAAGCUCAAGCUCGGUGAUACUCUCUACGAUGUAUCCUCGGGUUUGGAUUGUGUGUUUGCUCAGGAUGUUGUGGCCAUCAACAAAACAGAGAAGCACUUCUGUGUUGUCGGGGAGCUCAAUAAGCGCGCCAUUCUGACUCCAGAUGUGGGCUCAAUAUUAGAUGGCAUGAAUGAAUUAUGACCAUUUUUCCUUCAUUCAGGUACAUUUUUGCAACACAAUAACGCGUGAGCGUAUGAUUAAAUUUUGUAAACGUGAGGUUAUGGUGUUGAGGUGGGGAGUUGAAUUGACAAUUCCCACAAUAGUUCGGCUGUGAGUGAGAGAGGUCAAAUUGCUCUUGUUGUCCUUCAGCUUCCUUUUUUCAUCACGUAGACAAUCAAGUUUUGUUCUUUCCCAAUCAAAGGGACAAUGUCACUCUAAUUGAAGAGUCUA